AUGCGGAAAUUCUUCCAAGACAUCAAAGCGGAUAUUAAAUUCAAAACAGCGGGGCCGGGCCAGAAGCUGGCGGAGCCGCCCAGGGAAAGGGCCCCCAAAGAAAAGCCAAAAGCGGCCACCCCAAAGUCUCGCCAAGGGCCCACAGAUGAGGCCCAGAUGGCAGCAGCUGCAGCCUUGGCUCGGCUGGAGCAGAAGCCCAAGCCUUGGCUCCCUUCAUCCCAAGAUGCCAUCAAGAGUCAGGUGAAAAAGGAGCUUAUGGCUGAAGCAGCAGCAAGUGAGAGAGGACUCUCCACGGAUCACACGGGUUCUGUGUCUGCGGUUGAGGAAGAAACAGCUGGACUGUCAGUGUCAGGGGUCUAUUUCACUUGCCCACUAACUGGGGCCACUGUAAGGAAAGACCAGAAGGAAGCACACCUAAAAGAGGCCAUCCUCUUGCAUUUCUCUAGAGACCCAGUGGCUGCCUCGAUCAUGGAGAUUCAGACCUUCAACAGGGACCGAGAGAAAGUGAAACUUGGUGUUGAGACCAUUGCCAAAUAUCUGGAUAAUAUCCACCUCCAUCCAGAGGAGGAGAAGUACCGGAAAAUCAAACUGCAGAAUAAAGUGUUUCAGGAAAGGAUAAACUGUCUAGAAGGGACACACGAGUUUUUCCAGGCCAUUGGGUUUGAGAAGGAAAUGCUGCCUGUUCCAGGACAAGAGAGCACAGAAGAGUACUAUGUGCUGAAGGAGGAGGUGUUGACUAAGCUGGAGGACCUCAAGGACUAUAAGGAGCAGCUGUUGAGCUCUGAGCCGGUGAAGGCCCAGUUGGAUCGCCAGCUCUGCGUAUUCAAACCCUCCCCGCAAGCUGCCCAGUUUGAGCUGCCCCAUGACUUCUACAACCUCACGGCAGAGGAGCUAAAACGGGAACAGCGGCUCCGGACGGAAGCAGUGGAGAAGGCCUCUAUGCUGAGGACAAAGGCUAUGCGGGAGAGAGAAGAACAAAGGGAAAUGCGGAAAUAUAACUACACGCUGCUACGAGUCCGUUUUCCUGAUGGAUACAUUCUGCAAGGGACAUUCUAUGCCCGGGAGCCAGUAUCUGUGCUCUACAGGUUUGUGAGAGAAGCACUGAAGGAUGAUUGGAUGCCCUUUGAGCUAGUUGCACCUGGAGGUCUUAAACUGACUGAAGAGAACGUGGCAUUCAAUGAGUGUGGGCUGGUGCCGUCUGCUCUCCUGACAUUUGCAUGGGAUGCAGCGGUCAUGGCAGACAUAAAAGCUUCAGGAGAAGAGCAGAAAGGAAGCCCCUUGAAACCAGAACUCCUUUCUGCUGUCCAGAUAUUGUCAUGAAAUAAACAGGAUUGGAUUCAG